AUGGACACGACGACCGAGCACGCCGCCUCACAACAAACUUUUUCGCCCCCGUCUCGCUGGGAGGUCGAGCUCGAGUUUGUCCAGAGUUUGAGCAACAUCCAGUAUGUCUACUACCUAGCCCAGGAGGGUUACUUGAGCCAGCCUACCUUCCGCAACUACGUCGCCUACCUCCAGUACUGGCACCAGCCCCAGUACCUGAAGUUCUUGGUGUACCCAAACUGCUUGCACGUGCUCACGCUUUUGCAACACGACCAGUUCGCUAAGGAUAUCCAGAACCCUGACUUCCGCAACCUGUUGAUGAACGACAUGGUGAGCCGAUGGCAGCAGCAGCAAUUGCAACCACCAAAUGGCAGUGGCAGUGGCAGCGACGCUGGCGGGGGUAGCGCGGCGCUGGUGGCGAUGCUGGCGCCGGAACCGUCGCUGGUGGCCGAGUCGGCCACCACCGAAGCGUCGCUGGCCCGGUAG